AUGGAAGAUGAUAUAAAUAAUAAUAACAAGAGAGUCUCAAACGGGACAUCUCCAGAAACACCAUUAAAGAGAACAAAGCAAGAUGAAGAACAAACAACCUCGACAACUACAACUACAGUACCACAAGAACUUGUACAUCAACCAACAAUUGGCUUACAACAACAACAACCCCAACAACACGGUGAAUCAACUAUUCCACUAGUUACUGAACAGACAUCUACUACAUCGACUACUAGUAGUGUUGGUCAACCAGCUGCAUUACCAGGAUUGGUAGUACACAGUAAACCAAUGCCAAUGCAAACUGGUACUAGUACUAUCAGUACUACAAGUACUACAAGUACAACUAGUCCGACGAUUGCUACAUCGAUAUCAAAGAGUACCACUAUUGCAGGCAGCAAUAUUGUAUCUUCUCCUUCUUCCGAUCAACAACAGCAACAACAACAACAACAACAACAACACCAUCAGACUAGUGUCGUAUUGACUAGCAACUUCCAAUUGCCACCUAGCAACUGCACAUGGUUCAAGAUGUCGGAGAUACAUGAUAUUGAGCGUCUUCAAAUGUCCGAGUUCUUCAACGGCAGAACUCCCUCCAAGACACCAGAGGUAUACAAAGAGUAUCGUGACUUUAUGAUCAACACCUACCAACAAAACCCACACCAAUACCUUACCUUUACCGCUGUCAGACGUAAUCUGACUGGUGACUCGGGUGCCAUGCUCCGUCUGCACAGCUUCCUCGAUCACUGGGGUUUGAUCAACUUUUUCGUCAAUCCAGAGGGUGGUACAUGUAUCCCACCUCCAAAACCACAACAACCUCAACAUCAACAACAACAACAACAACCAACCCGUAUCCAAUCACCAUCUGAAUCUAAACCAACCGAGUCACCAUCAACAUCUGACAAUACUAGUAGUAGUAUACUAUCACCAAACAAACCAUCAUCUACUUCUACUUCCACUACUACUACGACUGCCAACAACGCUACUUCUACUUCAACUUCAUCAUCAUCAACAACUUUGACAAUUUCAAAAUCAACAAAUGGAACAUCAUUAGAUUUACGUAACAAUAUUUAUGGACAACCACAAGCACCACCAAAGAUAAUCGAACAAACUGUAAAUACCGAGCCACCCGAAGAGUGGACCGAUCAAGAAACCCUGUUGCUCCUCGAAGGCAUUGAUAUAUAUGGUGACAGUUGGGCAGACGUUGCCGAGCACGUCGGAACAAAGACCAAGGAGCAAUGUCUACUCCAUUUCCUCAGACUCCCAAUCGAAGACAGUUAUCUCGAGGACAACCUCAGCAACCCAAACAAGCGUGCCACCUCUGGCUCUGGUGCCGCCGAUCAAUAUUGGUCCGACUCUAAUGUCAUCCAAUCCCUCCUCGCCUUUCUCUCCAAAUCUGUCUCUCCCAACGUUGCCAACGCUGCCUCUAAAGCAGCCAUGGAAGCUCUCGUUAAAGAAGUUGGUAACGAUCAAACUUUAGCUAAUCUUGGUACUUUGGCUGCAACUUCUCUUGCUGCUACUAGUAUUAAAGCAAAGGCAACAUCAAAAAAUGAAGAAAAAGAAAUACAAUCAUUAAUAUUAAAAAUUAUUAAUUUACAAACAAAGAAAUUGGAAAUCAAACUUAAAUAUUAUUCAGAUUUGGAAGAUUGUCUUGAUAGAGAUAGAUUAAAUUUGGAAAAACAAAGACAAUCAUUAUUUGCAGAAAGAUUAAGUUUAUUAAAAGCAAAUCUUACCAAUCAAACACCAAUUCCAAUAGUACCAGUACCAAACAACCACAAUGUAGUAUUGGAAAAUAAUGGAAAUCAUACUAGUGAUAACAUGUCAAUCAACUAA